AUGACAUUUAACUUAUCUCUCUCUCUCUCUCUCUUGUCUUCAUUAUUAUCUAUCUAUCUAUCUAUCUAUCUAUCUAUCUAUCUAUCUAUCUAUCUCACUCUUAAUAUCUUGUCUUCAUUAUAUCUAUCUAUCUAUCUAUCUAUCUAUCUAUCUAUCUCACUCUUAAUAUCUGUCUGUCUACAUCAGUGUCUCCUUGUCUAUCUAUCUCUCUAUCUAUUUCACUCGUUUAAUAUCUGUCUGUCUACAUCAGUGUCUUCAUUAUCUAUCUAUCUAUCUAUCUAUCUAUCUAUCUAUCUAUCUAUCUAUCUAUCUUUCAGAGAAGUUUCAUAUCUAUCUAUGAUACUAUCUAUCUAUCUAUCUAUCAAUCUAUCUAUCUAUCUGUCUGUCUGUCUGUCUAUCUAUCUAUUUAUCUAUCUGUCUGUCUAUCUAUCUAUCUAUCUAUCUAUCUGUUUGUCUGUCUGUCUGUCUAUCUAUCUAUUUAUCUAUCUAUCUAUCUGUUUGUCUGUCUGUCUAUCUAUCUAUUUAUCUAUCUGUCUGUCUGUCUGUCUGUCUAUCUAUCUAUCUAUCUAUCUGUUUGUCUGUCUGUCUAUCUAUCUAUUUAUCUAUCUGUCUGUCUGUCUGUCUAUCUAUCUAUCUAUCUAUCUAUCUAUCUAUCUAUCUAUCUAUCUCUUUGACUCUAUUCAUAUUUAA